CGCCAUCCCCGGGGAAGUGUGCAGUGCAGUCCACGGGUGCGACACUGGUCACUUUCGGCGCCUAUAGCUACCACAAUUGUUUUUGUUUAAACUACCUCUCUCGCAGUUUAUAUAUUUGUUUACCAGUCGCUCUACCGCGGCGCCUAUUUUCUUAAAUUUAACAACAGCGCUGCAGCGGUCAAGUAAAGGUGUAGCAAUUUCAAACACGCGCACCUUCUUCGCUCCUCCCCGAAGGACUUAAAUGUGAGCGCGACGCACUUGCGCUUCGCAGUCCAAGUGCCAAGCGAGAACAGAGGGGAUGCUGUAGAGAGAACCAACCUCAAGCAGCAGCAACAGCGGUGUGUCUGUAGUCAACUGUACUGUACGAGUUUUGUAUCCUAAUACAUUCAGCUGCAGUGGCGUAAAUAUGAAGACCAUACUGGCUGCAUACUCCGGAGUCCAAAGAGGCACUGGAUCCGGCAUCCUCUCCUCCCUUAAAGACCUGCCUUCCACCUCUUGGCUGUCGCACUCUAAGAUGGAGAGGCAUCUCCGCAUACUGUCUGUGUUCCAGUGGGUGCUGUCCUUCCUUGCAUUGGGAGCGGCUGCCACACUGCUACUAGUCUACAUCUUCUGCACUGACCUGUGGAUCAUCGCAGCCAUGUACACCGCCUGGCUCAUCUUCGACUGGAAUACACCGAAACAGGGAGGUCGUAGGUCGUCGUGGGUGAGGAACUGGGCCGUGUGGACCUACUUCAGGGACUACUUCCCCAUCAGACUGAUUAAGACCCAUGACCUGCUGCCGAGCCGUAACUACAUCUUCGGCUACCACCCCCACGGGAUCCUGUGCUUCGGGGCCUUCUGCAACUUCGGCACGGAGGCCACGGGGUUCUCCUCCAAGUUCCCGGGAAUCAGGCCCUCCCUGGCCACCCUGGCGGGCAACUUCAGGAUGCCGGUGCUUCGGGACUACCUCAUGUCUGGAGGUAUCUGUCCAGUGAACCGUAACUCCAUCGAGCACUUGCUGUCUCGCAACGGCAGCGGUAACGCGGUGGUCAUUGUGGUCGGCGGGGCGGCAGAAUCCCUGGAGUGCGCACCAGGAGUCAACUCUGUCACCCUCAAAAACCGCAAAGGCUUCGUCAAACUGGCACUUCAGCAAGGGGCUGACCUGGUGCCCGUGUACUCGUUCGGGGAGAAUGAGGUUUACCAGCAGCUGCUGUUCGAGGAGGGCUCGUGGUGGAGGUUCGCCCAGCGCAAGAUGCAGAAGCUGAUCGGCUUCGCCCCCUGCGUCUUCCACGGCUGCGGCCUCUUCUCCUCCGAGUCCUGGGGACUCAUGCCCUUCUGCAAGCCCAUCACCACCGUGGUGGGGGAGCCAAUCACCGUGCCAAAGACGGAGAACCCAAGCCCUGAGGUAGUGGACAUGUACCACGCCAUGUACAUCAGGUCUCUCGUCACGCUCUUCGACAAGCACAAGAUCCGCCACGGCCUGAAGGAGUGUGACACUCUCCUCGUCCAGUGACCUCUGAACUUUGAACUAUGAACUUUGACCUGCCAUCUACUGACCUGCUGAACUUUGUCUCAUCUGCCAUCAAGCCUUCCUUCCGUUCCCUCCCUUCGCACCGCUUCACGAGUUGUGCCUUGUCACCCAAGUGUCCUAAUGUCAAGAGCCAAAGUCAGAUCGUGUCUGAAUGCCAAAGUGGGAAGUGUUGUCAGAUCGUGUCUGAUUGCCAAAGUGUGACGUGUUGUCAGAUCGUGUCUAAGUGCCAGAGUGGGAAGUGUUGUGCUAAGAAAUCAGACUCGGUCAAGGAGGAAAUGCCAGGAGAAGCAUGUAUCCAGGGGACAUGUCCCAAGUGCAGUGCGGUGUUUGAUGAUCAGCUUGUUAAACACUGAACUGGAAAGUGCUGUUAAAUAUGUCCUUCAGCCUGAAAUUCAGAUAAUUAAAUAUCAGCGGUGAUGGGCCUAAUUUCCCACCACUUUACCUAAUGGUGCAAAAACAACACUCUGCAGGUGCAAAUGAGUUUGAUACCCAAGUGCCAUUUCAACCCCUUGCCACUAGGUGGCAAUAGUGUCUAAUUGGAAAAAAGAACAUGUAGCGAUGCUUUUCAAGCAAAAAAAAGGACAUUUCUUGAGAAGUCCUCUGUUUUUCAUUUGUUAAUGUACAUCAAGUAGCUUAUGUUUUUUUUAAUUGCACAAGCAAUGCAGCGCGUUGCCUUACAGCCACUUGAGCGUUAUUUUGUUGCCAAAGAGUUAUUAUUUUAAAUGUCAUUUGACAUUAAUAUAUGAAAUUAAUAUAUUUUAUAUUGUUGAAUGCAAUUGUUAAUAAUUAUAAAUACAAUGAGAAGAUACAAUCUGUCUAAGCCAGAAAGUAUUAUUUGAACAAUGAAUGUGUAGUGCCUUUUUUUCUACCUUUUGAUGAAGCAUGCAGUAGCCCUUCCUAUAACACUGAUGUGAUUCACAAUUAAUCACAUACAUCUAGGGUUGCCAACCGUCCCUUGACAUACAGAGUCCAUGUUGAGCUGAAACGGGACACAAUUUGGUUAAAAGGCAGGAAAUUGCAUCUAAGAAAUACAUUUUUUUAUGGGGGAGGAGGACACCCAGACCCCUGCAACAAUGAAGUGUUCCGUAUUUUGUUCACAGACAGUUGGCAACCCUACAUCCAUCCAGUGUUUUUUUAUACCCCAUUUUACCUUUAUUUUAACAAGACCUGAAGGUUUGGAGAGUGUCUAAAGACUGGCAGAGGUUUCGAGGAGCAGUGCAUGGUGUUGUUGCCUCUUUAGGGGGAAACUCAUGUGGUCUCUUUCACAGUAAAAAGUUAUUUGGUCUUCUGGUCGCAAUGCUGUCAGCGGAUAAAAUCUCUUGUCUGAGUGUUUUCAUGUCAGAAGAGUGUGGAAGUGUUUUAAUUGUUUGAACAUUAAAAAUUCCACAUCAUUAAAGCGUGCUAUGGGCCUAAGUCCAAAUGACAGCUGCAAUACAUGGUGAAUGUGCGUGGAGAUGAAUGUACUGUAUGUGGAAUUGAUUGUGUGUGGAUGUGAAUGCAUGUGGAGAGGAAUGAAUGAAUGUGGAUUUGAUUGUUGAUUGUCUGAAUUGUUUUUUUUCUUCUUCUGCUGAAGUACUACCUGCUAAGACGAAUGACAAUGGCAUACAUAUCUGCAGAAUAUGUAGGCCUAAUGUGCAAUAAAAAAAAACAACAAUAAUCAAGUAAUGUGCCAAAUGCCACACAUAUACUGUAUGAUGUGUCAAUUAAACCUUUUUGUAAAUACGUAA